CAAGACGAUCGAGCUGAGUGACGCAAUAACAAUGGAGAACUCAGAUGGGAGGAACGUGGAUUGCGUGCGUGUAGCGGUUAACAUUCGCCCAUUGAUCACGUCGGAGCUUCUUCUAGGAUGCACAGAUUGCAUUUCUGUUGUUCCAGGCGAACCUCAGGUGCAAAUUGGGACUCAUACAUUCACCUAUGAUUAUGUUUAUGGCAGCACGGGGCCAUCUUCGUCUACGAUAUACGAUGAUUGUGUAGCUCCACUUGUUGAUGCGUUAUUUAAUGGCUAUAAUGCCACGGUUCUUGCUUAUGGCCAGACUGGAUCUGGAAAAACAUACACCAUGGGAACAAACUAUAAUGGAGAGGGAAGUAGUGGUGGAAUUAUACCAAGGGUAUUAGAGAGCAUAUUUGAAAAGGUUAAGGAAGCAAAGGACUCCAUGGAGUUCUUGAUCAGAGUAUCAUUUAUUGAGAUAUUCAAGGAAGAGGUUUUUGAUUUGCUUGAUCCCAAUUCAUCGAGAGGAGAAGCAACUUCUGCUUCGAAGCCUGUUGUGCCAGGUAGAGUGCCCAUACAAAUCAGAGAAACAGUGAAUGGAGGAAUAACUCUAUCUGGGGUGACUGAGGCUGAAGUUAAGACAAAAGAAGAAAUGGCAUCUUAUCUAUCAAGUGGUUCGUUAUCGCGUGCCACAGGGAGUACAAAUAUGAAUAGCCAAUCAAGUCGUUCACAUGCUAUAUUUACCAUCACAAUGGAGCAAAAGAAAGGUGAUGAUAUCUUAUGUGCCAAACUGCAUUUGGUAGAUCUUGCUGGUUCUGAGCGUGCAAAACGAACUGGGGCAGAUGGCAUGCGUUUAAAAGAAGGAAUUCAUAUCAACAAGGGGUUGUUAGCUCUUGGAAAUGUUAUAAGUGCACUGGGAGAUGAAAAAAAGCGAAAAGAGGGAGGUCAUGUUCCAUAUCGUGAUAGCAAAUUGACACGCCUGUUGCAGGAUUCUCUGGGGGGAAACAGCAAAACAGUGAUGAUAGCAUGUGUUAGUCCAGCUGACAACAAUAUUGAAGAGACACUGAACACCUUAAAGUAUGCAAAUCGUGCUCGCAACAUUCAGAACAAAGCAAUUAUUAAUCGUGAUCCAGCUGCAGCUCAGGCACAGGAAAUGCGAAAUCAAAUUGAGCAGUUGCAAGCUGAGCUUCUAUUUUAUAGAGGUGAAGGUGUGGGACCAUUUGAGGAGCUUCAGAUGCUUAAACAUAAAACUUCGUUACUUGAAGCAAGCAAUGCAGAGCUACAACAGGAGCUAAAAAGACGUCGAGUAGCUUGUGAGAGUUUACAACAAUCUGCCCUUGAAGCUCAGGUUGAAAGAGAUCAGCUGAUUAUGAAAAUAGAAGCUAUACGAAACGGUAAAUCCUUGGACAAGAUUGACUCUAAUUCAAAUCAGGACUACAACUUGGUAAAAUCUUAUGUGUCAAAGAUCCAAUAUCUUGAAGGGGAAUUGAGACGUUUGAAGACUUCAAACACCACGAAUUCAAGACAUUUUGUUAACUAUGUUGAUUCCGAAGAUGAUGAACCACUUUCAUCUGAUAGCCAUGCUAAAGCUAUGGAUUUACCAGAUGAAUCAGAUGAUGAAGAAAAGGAGCUAGAACACUCUUCUCUCCAAGAAAAAAUGGAUAAGGAGCUCAAAGAACUAGACAAAAAACUUGAACAAAAGGAGGCUGAAAUGAAGUUGUACAAUAACUCUGAUCCUUCAAUUCUUAGGCAACAUUAUGAAAGGAAACUUCUUGAGAUGGAACAAGAGAAGAAAAUUUUGCAGAAAGAAAUUGAGCAACUUAAAGAGAAUCUUGCAAAUAUUUCUUCCAACUCUGAUGAUGGUGCUGAAAAGACAAAGCAGGAUUAUCUACAAAAGUUGAAUGCGCUUGAAGUGCAAGUUUCCGAACUGAAGAGGAAACAAGAAGAUCAGGCUAUGCUUUUGAGACAAAAACAAAAGAGUGAUGAGGCUGCAAAACGACUUUAUGAUGAAAUACAACGAAUUAAAGCUCAGAAGGUUCAACUUCAACAAAAGAUUAAGCAGGAAUCUGAACAAUUUAGGUUAUGGAAAGCUACACGUGAAAAAGAAGUUCUUCAGCUUAAGAAAGAGGGGAGGAGGAACGAAUAUGAGAUGCAUAAGCUAUUAGCGUUAAAUCAAAGGCAAAAGCUAGUACUGCAAAGGAAGACAGAAGAAGCUUCCAUGGCUACCAAAAGGCUGAAAGAACUUUUGGAAUCUCGAAAGGCUUCCUCACGUGAAUCCAUGGGUGUUGGUGGUGGGAGUGCUCCUGGAAUUCAGGCUUUGAUGAAGGCAAUCGAGCAUGAGCUUGAAGUUUCUGUUCGAGUGCAUGAAGUACGCUCGGAAUAUGAGCGUCAAAUGGAAGAGAGGAAUAAAAUGGCCUCAGAGAUGAGUAAGCUAAAGGAGGAAGUAGAGAUGAUGAAUCAAUAUGGUACAAGUGAUGGCUCCGUGUUAAUGUCUCCUGGAGCCAAAAAUUCAAGGAUUUUUGCCCUUGAAAACAUGCUUUCUACUUCUUCUUCAUCUCUAGUGUCUAUGGCUUCCCAGUUGUCAGAGGCAGAAGAGCAAGAACGGGUUUUUAGUGGUAAGGGACGUUGGAACCAAGUCCGGUCCGUUGCAGAUGCUAAGAAUGUGAUGAAUUAUCUGUUCAACAUAGCAUCUUCCUCGAGGUGUUUAGUGCGAGAGAAAGAAAUAAUCUGCAGAGAGAAGGACAUGGAGAUUAAAGAUUUAAAGGAAAAGGUAGUAAGGUUAAACUAUGCAGUUCGACAGUUGGAAAUGAUAAAAGUUCAACUUACUCGUCAGUUGGAAUCACAGAGUGAAACUUUAAAGAGGUAUACAGGAUCUAUGGGAGAAGCAGAAUACACUAACAUGAAUUUGCACAAGCCGGAAAACCGCCAUUCUACACAUGUACAGGAGGAUAUAUACAUGUCUGGUGCAGAAUCAGAAUAUUUUGAUGACAUGGAAGCAACAGAUGACGAGUGGUUUGAGCCAGGAGAAUCAACUGAGAAUAAACGGAAAUCCACAAGCACAUACGCAAGCUUAGAGAAUAUCAACCUUUCAGAACAUGAUGAUAAAGAGUAUUCAAGAGAUGAACCUGGAUGUACAUCUGGAGAAAUAACAUCAAAUAUUUGCUGCUCUUGUAGUAAAACUUCAUCAUGUAACACAACAAAAUGCAAGUGCAAAACCACAAGAAACAAUUGCAGUAGUUCUUGUGGUUGCCUAGCAACCAAGUGUGCUAAUAGAGCAUCAAUCUCAAAUGAGUCAACACAUCUGGGAUCAGUUGAGAUGGACAAAGACAACCUUCUUGUUGCUCAAGGUGCAGAGUUACUUCGUGGAGCACUGGUUGAUGGGCUUGCCGCAAUAGGCCAACAACCUAGAAAGGCUCUUACUGACGUAGGAAAUACUUUGGCCAAACCAAAAGCUCAAAAGGGUAAUCAGAGAAAGAAAUUGCCUAAACCCGCCACAAUUGUUGUGUCCGAUCCUUCGUCUUCCUUGCAACCCGAGAAUUCUGGACCUCCCAAGUCCAAGAAACAAAUUGAUGACAUGUUUGAAUCAAAAACACUAACUUUGAAUAUACCACCAAGACUACCCUCCUCUAAGCCUGAACAUGCUGCCUCUGCCCCUAGGGUAGAGGGUAAUGCCUUGGACCCAGAUAACAGUCCUUUAAAAUUAAGGGCUGCACGAAGGGCAGCAUCAUCUAGUGACAGUGAUGUUCCGUUGUGGGAUAGGAAUGCUGGCAAGUUUGAUUAA